CACAGGUGCUUUUUGAACCAGCUACAUACAUUGUCUCAUGGAUUUCCUGGUGGAUAAAAACUACACGUCAGUGACAGGGUUCAUUUUAUUGGGAUUAACAGAUAAUUCAAUCCUUCAGGUCAUCCUCUUCAUGGUCUUCCUAUUCAUCUACCUGGUGACUGUCUUUGGCAAUCUUAGUACAAUCAUUCUCAUAAGAAUCUCUUCUCAACUCCACCAUCCUAUGUAUUUCUUCCUGAGCCAGUUAGCACUGGCAGACAUAGGCUGUACAUCCUCUGUCACACCAAAUAUGCUUGCAAACUUUCUAGUAGAAAGACAUACAAUCUCCUAUCUUGGGUGUACCAUCCAACUUGGCAUAGCUGUUUUCUUUGGGACAUUUGAAUGCUUUCUUCUUGCUGUCAUGGCCUUUGAUCGCUUUGUAGCAAUCUGCAACCCACUGCUUUAUUCAACCAAAAUGUCCACACAAGUUUGUGUCCAGUUAUCCUCUGUGGCUUACAUAGGUGCUUUUCUCAAUGCAUCCUGCUUUACGAUUUCAGUCCUUUGUUUAUUCUUUUGUGGACCAAAUAGGAUCAAUCACUUUUUCUGCGAUUUUGCUCCUUUGGUGGAACUUUCCUGUUCUGAUGUCACUGUACCUGCAGUGGUGCCCUCAUUUUCUGCAGGCUCCAUCAUUGUGGUCACAGUGUUUGUCAUUGCUGUCUCCUAUGUCUACAUCCUCAUCACCAUCCUGAAGAUGCGCUCCACUGAGGGCCGCCACAAGGCCUUCUCUACCUGCACCUCCCACCUUACUGCAGUCACUCUAUACUAUGGGACCAUUACAUUCAUUUAUGUGAUGCCCAAGUCCAGCUACUCCUCUGACCAGAACAAGGUGGUGUCUGUGUUCUACACGGUGGUGAUCCCCAUGUUGAACCCUCUCAUCUACAGUCUCAGGAAUAAUGAGAUUAAAGGCGCUCUCAAGAGAGAGCUUGGUAGGAAAAUAUUUUCUAAAUGA